AUGUCUGAAGCCUGCUGUACCUGCGCUGCGCUGCUAUCCUCUAUUCCCCCAACUUAUGAUGAGAAGAUCGAGAAGCCAUCACAAUUCGAGCGCCGUCUUGACUGCUGCGGUCGUGCUAUAUGCGCCCGAUGUUUGACAGAUAACCCCAGAUUCAAUGACUAUUGUCCGUUCUGCCAGAUUGCUACCGGUCCUUCCGCACUACCACCCCAAGGUCUCCGCGAACCUCCAACAUAUUCGCCACCAGACGAGCGGGACGGCGACGACGAACUGCCACCAUACUCUGCACACGAUGGCCUCAAGCCUCCUUCAGAGAAGUCGAAAUCGAAAAUGGACAACGGCCCGGAUGUCCUUCAUUUUGUGGAUCAGAACAACGACUCGAUCACCUCACUGUCGCUUCGAUAUGGUGUACCGGCUGACGCACUGCGUCGUACCAACAAUCUCUAUGCCGAUCACCUAUUAGCAGCGCGAAGGACAGUACUGAUACCCGGCGAAUUCUACAAGGGUGGUGUUAGUCUGAGCCCAAGGCCAUUAGAAGGAGAAGAGGAAGAGAUAAAGAAGACAAAGCUAAGAAAGUUCAUGGUCAGAUGCAAGGUUGCAGAAUACGAUGUCGCUUUGCUAUAUCUGGAGCAAACGGAGUACCAACUCGAGCACGCUGUAACCUCAUACAAAGCCGAUGAAGAGUGGGAGAAGGAACACUCCCUCGAAGCCGCAAAAAAGGGCAAGUCCAAAGCAUCUCAAAGCACAGGAAGACGCAAGUGGGGUUUCGGCGGCCUUACAGGGCAGGUGUCAUAG